UUAACUGUAAUCUCUUCGAAAAAGACCUUAAAAUCCAAAUAAGUUAGAUAUUCUUGACCUAUACACUAAUACAUUCUAAAUCGGUCGACUGUUUACCAAGUCCACAGUAUUUGAGGUUACUGUUGCAUACGUAAAUGGAGAAAAAAAUUCACCUUAAGAAUUUAAUAUGGCCCACAAGAUAUAAAGACAUUAGACAUACCUAUAUAAAUAGAAACCUUUGGCACCACCAUUCAGAAAUCAUACCAAACGUGAAACACAAGCAUUCAAAUCCUAACACAGAUUAAAACCAUGCAACGCUCAGCCAUGUUGAACAUAAUCAAGCGCCAAAUGGCAUACCAAAAAGCUCGACCCACAAGUCAUCCCGCUUGCGAUGUUUUCAUAAACCACCGUGGCAUAGACACAAAGAGAUCAAUUGCAUCUUUGUUAUAUCAUCAACUCUUGUUAUCAAGAAUUCCAUCGUUUCUUGACAACAAGAACAUGAAGCCUGGAGAUAAGCUCUUUGAGAAUAUCGACAGUGCGAUAUUGGGGUGCAAGAUUGGCGUAGCAGUCUUUUCACCUCGAUAUUGUCAGUCGUACUUUUGCCUUCAUGAACUCGCAUUGAUGAUGGAGUCUGGGAAGAAAGUUAUUCCCAUAUUUUGUGAUGUGAAACCCUCAGAGCUUCGGGUUUCAGAUAAUAAAAUCUGUUCAGGGUCUGAGAUCAAAAGAUUCGGUUAUGCUAUCGAGGAGGCUAAGAAUACCGUAGGACUCGCGUUCAACACAACCAAAGGGAAUUGGUCGGAUGUGGUAACAUAUGCAACAGAAUUGGUGAAAGAAAGCUUGAUCGAGAUAGAAAAUGAGAAGCAUGCUACUCGUCAGGCUCAAAUCUUAUACUAAAUAGCCAUUCAUGAGAACUACUUAUAUUGACAUUAUUUACAUUGAUUUAUUUUAUUUUUGGGAAAAUGACUUAAAAGCCCAAUGAAGUUUUCAAACCGUUCAAGAAACCCCAAUCAUGUUUUGUCUGUUCAAAAAAACUCAACAAACUUAACAUUUUGUCUAAAAAGCCCAACGAAGUUAUACUUUCCUGAAAGUCAAAUAAGAGAAACAGAUGACGUGACUUAUUACCGUAUUGGAAAAGUGACUUGUUAGGCCAACGAAGUUUCCAAAACGUCUAAAAAAAUUUAAUCAUGUUUUGACUGUUCAAAAAAAACCCAACGAACUUAAACAAAACAAAAUUGGGAUUUUUUUGUACGGUUUGGAACUUUGUUGGACUUUUUAGACAAAAUGUUAAGUUCGUUAGGUUUUUUUAAACAAACAAAACAAGAUUGAGGUUUUUUGAAUGGUUUGGAAACU